UGUGACUGGAGAGCCAAGCUCAGCCAAGAAACACCACGACUAGGGAAGCGUUUCAAUACAAGCUCCAUAAACCAAACUUGCCAAACUUCCCCGCGCCAACUUAGGGUAUGGGGUAGGCGUCUGCGGGGGAGACGUUGGAGAUCGCUUUUCAGAAAACGGUCAGCUUCGACGGCACACCCGACCUCCAGACGGGGGAACUCGAACUAUAAGCCGUUCUCUGCAAGGGCGGUCAGCACCGAGUAUAAGAAGGGAGGUUCAGCCGCACGACUUUCUUCGUGCCAUGCAUGAGACACACUCACAGCCUUCGCCAUCUUCGCCAUCACUACCGAAACUGAAAGUCGUCAGCGUCGGGAUCUUCUUCAGUCAUGGCUACCCAGAAUGAGCCAGCGGACCCUCUUGCGAAGGGCACUCGCGCGACAGCGAAACAAGCCUGGAGUGAUUUGUUCAAAUGGAAGCAGAGGGUCGUUGUCACCAAUGACCUCGGCGAGACUCAUACAGAAUGGCAAGCACCGCCUCCUUUGAGGAACCCAAUCUCGUUGUUCAGGCUGCUGAGCGCAAAGGACUGGUUAUACUUCCUUGUUGGCCUCUUUGCUUGGACAGCUGAUGCCUUUGACUUCCAUGCCCUUUCCAUCCAACAAACCAAGCUGGCGUCCUACUAUAGCCGAUCGAAAACAGAGAUUAGUACCGCCAUCACCCUGACACUGCUUCUCCGGUCUGUCGGCGCGGCCAUUUUUGGUCUUCUGGGGGACCGCUUUGGUAGAAAAUGGCCAAUGGUUGGCAACAUGAUCAUUUUGGGAUUGCUACAGAUCGCCACGAUCUACAGCGCCACAUUUGAGCAGUUCCUUGCUGUUCGAUCCCUUUUUGGCCUCUUCAUGGGUGGUGUAUACGGCAACGCAGUCGCCAUGGCCCUUGAGAACUGCGCUCUCGAAGCCCGAGGCUUGAUGAGCGGUAUCAUGCAGCAAGGUUAUUCUCUCGGCUACGUCCUCGCGGCCUGUGCCAAUCUCGGUGUCGGUGGUGCGACCGAAAGCUGGAAGACUGUGUUCUGGAUCGCUGCAGGUCUUUCCAUCGCUGCUGGUUUCGCCAGAUGCCUCUUCCCCGAAUCCAAGCAGUUCAUCGAAUCCAAGAAGGCCGGACACCACAUCACUGCUUCCGACUUCUGGAAAGAGACACAGUCUAUGCUUGCGAAUGAAUGGCGCAUGUGUAUCUACUGCAUCAUCCUCAUGACCUGGUUCAACUUUUACUCGCACACCAGCCAGGACAGCUACACCACUUUCAUGAUUGAGCAGAAGGAACUGAAUAAUGCCGCAGCUAGUCGUGCCAGUAUCUGGAUGAAAGUCGGCGCUUGCGUUGGCGGUACCAUAAUUGGGUACUUCUCCCAAUUCGUCGGCCGUCGUCGCGCCAUCGUCGGCGCUGCACUCAUGAGUUGCCUCCUCAUUCCCGCUUGGAUCCUCCCCGAAGGCGAGCAAUCCCUCUCCGCCUCCGGCUUCUUCAUGCAGUUCUUCGUCCAAGGUGCAUGGGGUGUCAUUCCCAUCCAUCUCAACGAGCUCUCGCCUCCCGCCUACCGAUCCAGUUUCCCCGGUAUCACGUACCAACUCGGCAACAUGAUCUCGAGUCCGUCCGCCCAGAUCGUCAAUGCCAUUUCCGAGUCGCAUUUUGUCAGAAGUAGAUCCGGCAAGCUUGCUGAAGCCUACGGCCCAACCAUGGGUAUCGCCACCGUCAUCAUCGCUCUGGGCAUCGUGGUCACCGUCUCUUUCGGUCCGGAGAAGAAGGGCAGACACUUUGAGCACGCUGGGCCUGCGGGUGCGAAUGUCGGCCACGGGAAAGAUCUGGAGAAGGCUGUGGAUGUGAUUUCGAUCGCAGAUGAUCAGAAGCAUGAGCCGGUCGCUGAGAAUAUUGAGAAGAAGGAGACCAACUAGUAGCUUGGCAU